AUGCCUGACAAGAUUCUUGACGACAUUUCGCAUCGUCGCUACAACCCGCUGACUGAUAGCUGGUUGUUGGUGUCCCCUCACCGAACAAAGCGACCAUGGCAAGGCCAGCAGGAAGCCGCCGUUGAGGCUAAACUUCCUGAAUACGACCCAAAGUGCUAUCUCUGCCCUCGCAACACGCGCGCUUCUGGCGACCACAAUCCCGACUACGAAAAGACAUUUGCUUUUGUCAACGACUACAGCGCGGUCAAAGAGCAGCAGCCCGACUAUGAACCCGAGCCGUCGUCAUCUGACCUCAGCUCCCUGCUUUUGCAGGCCAGGAGUGUCAAGGGCGUCUGCUACGUCAUGACCUUCUCGCCCAAGCAUCAUCUCACCCUGGCCGACAUGCCCGCCUCCGACAUCCUGCCCUGCAUCGACCACUGGACACGCAUCUACGCUAACCACCUGUCCGCAUCGAACCCGCUCACCGACGUCGCCAGCAAACUCCAGCUCUCUGUAUCCCGCGAACAGGCCCCGAUCCCGAGGGACGAGUACCGCUAUAUGCAGAUAUUUGAGAACAAGGGUGCCGCCAUGGGCUGCUCCAAUCCCCACCCGCACUGUCAAAUCUGGACCACAUCCACCAUGCCCGAAGAGCCCGCAAAGGAGAUUGCUCAGAUGAUCAAGUACAGGAAGCAGCAUGGUCGCCAUCUCCUUGCCGACUACACGAAGCUGGAGCUCGAGAAGCAGGAGCGCAUUGUGUGGCAAAAUGAUGGCUUCCUUGUCGUCUGUCCCUGGUGGGCUAUUUGGCCAUUUGAGGUCCUGGUGCUUCCCAAACGCCAUGUCCGUGCCCUGGUCGACUUUACGGACGAGGAACGCCUUCAGUUUGCUGAGACGAUCCAGGAGGUCACACGCCGCUACGACAACCUGUUUGAGUGCAGCUUCCCGUACAGCUCCGGUAUCCACCAGGCGCCCUUGCGAGGCACAGAGGAAGAGAUUGAAGACUCAUACCUGCACAUGCACUUUUACCCGCCGCUGCUGCGAUCCGCAACGGUGCGCAAGUUUCUUGUCGGCUUUGAGCUCAUGGCUGAGCCUCAGCGCGACAUUACGCCAGAGCAGGCUGCUGCUCGACUGCGCGACUGCGGCGGCGAAAUCUACAGAAGUCGAAACAAAUGA